AUGGUUCAGAUCAAUUUCCAUGAAAUUCCACUCAGAGAUUCCUUUAAAUUUCAGAUUUUUCUUUGCAUUAAACCAGAAGAAGGCAAAGAAGGGAUUGAAUCACUAGGAAGGAUGGAAAGGAAAGAGGCAAAACAUAUUGGAAAUGGGCUGACAGUGGUUUUUGAAGAAAAAAGGAAUAGGAAAGAGAAUUGUGGGCAAGAAUCAAUGAAUCAUAUAAAGAUGGUUUCAGAUGAAGUAGUAGGGCCUCUUGAUCUCCCUUUCCUUGGAUUUCCAUUCUGGUUUCCUCUACCUUUGGGAUCAAUUCCAGACUCCACUCUCGUUCUGGCUGUAAGGGAAAAUGUGGAGUUGGUGGAGCUAUCUCUAUUGUCUUCUAACUCUGCUAUUGAUGAGGAGGAUUCCACCAUAGCUAGACUCUUUGAUGUAUUAACUGGAUUAGGGUAUCUAGAGAGCUACAUAUCCUCUCUAGAGUGGACUCAUUAA